AGAUGAUACAGGAAGACAAGACAAACACUUGAACGGCGCAUUUGCUAAUGAGCAGCAAGAGGUUUAUUUGAGAGUUCAUCAGGUUCAUUAAAGAAAAUGGUGUUCAAACUGGUGAUUGCCUUGAGUUUCUUGGCAGCUGUUUGCAACGCUAGUCUAGAGCUACAACUGGAGUCGGAUAAGCCGUUGCUGCGUGUGGCUCUCUCCCAUAAAGCCACCAUCAAAUGCUGCUACCGCUGGAAAGAGAAUCCCCAUGUCUCCUGGAUGAUGAACAUUUACUCCACCAAUGGUACCACAAAGCCCAGUUUAGUAAAUCUGCCCGUAAACAAGACAGAAAAAGGGAAAAAUGUCACAUGCCAUUUCCUGGUUUUCAAGGAGGUCCGUCUCAGUGAUACUGCCUUGUACCAGUGUAGACUGAAUCAUAGCUCUGUUCACAUCUUUACCCAUGGUACCUUCCUUCAAGUAUACAUACCUUUGCAGAAGACCUUGAACCUCAGCGAGAGUGUGAAGAACAGCAUCAUUACAGCAGAAGGGGUGUUGCUGCUGCUGAGUGUGUUGAUCCCUGGCACCAUGCUUCUCUGCAAGUCAAAGAGUUUGAAUCAGCUGGAGAAGAAGAAAGAAAGGGAAGAGGAGAAUAUCUAUGAGGGUCUAAACCUGGAUGACUGCAGUGCAGCUUACCAUCAAAUUCAACGCACCAAUCAAGGCCCCUAUCAGGAUGUGGGCAGCUGUGAAGAAGACAUUCAGCUGGAGAAGCCGUAGCUGGAGCUGGAGAAACAGGAAAAGGAACUAUUUUAAUAAGAAAGACAAAGGAAAAGUGAACUCUGUGUAUUAUUAUGUCAUUAAUUACUCACCCUUAUGUCGUUCCAACCUUGUAAGACCUUCGCUCAUCUUCAGAACACAAAUUAAGAUAUUUCUGAUAAAAUCCAAGAGCUUUUUGACCCUGCACACACAGCAAUGGUACUAGCAGGUUUAAGGUCCAGAAAGGUAGUAAAGACAUCGUUAAAACAGUCCAUGUGACAUCAGUGGCUCAACAAUAAUUUUGUGAAGCUAUAACAGCACUUUUUGUGUGUAAAUAAAAACAAAAAUAAUGACUUUCAGUAAUUUCUUCUCUUCUGUGUCAGCUCUCCAAAAGUAGAUAAAUUCAAAAAGCCGUUUUUGUGUUGAAAUGUGGAUGAGGCUUUUUUACACUCUUCAUAUCACAGUCCUGCAAAGAUGACAUUUACUUGUGAUUGCUGUUUGUGGCAAAACAUGAGGGCAGUUGUGUUUUAGAUCAGAUAUACAAUGCUGAGUGAGUGCAACAUUGAAUGGUGAGAUAUUUUCCUAAUUAAAAUAAUCUUGCCAGCAGAAUUGUUCCAUCUGUAUUGUCUCAGUGAGCUUUUUUGUGGCUUUAUGCAUAUACAAUAAAGUGAAUGUAGCGUUUUCAGUGUGGGUGUGAAAACUUUUGAAAAACAUUUGAAAAUGCUAGUGUGAAAUGAGAGCGUUAGGACAAAACAACUGUUUUCAAGUGUAGCCUCAGUCUUUGACAAGACCUAAUUUAACAAUGUCCUCCUUACUACCUUUCUGGGCCUUGAACAUAGUAGUUGCGUUGCUGUCUAAGCAGGGUCAGAAAACUCAGAUUUCUUCAAAAAUAUUAUAAUUUGUGUUCUGAAGAUGAACAAAGGUCUUACGAGUUUGGAAUGACAUUAGGGUGAGUAAUUAUUGACAGUAUUUUCAUUUUGGGGUGAACUAUCCCUUUAAGUCGUAAUUUUACCAUUUCAUGAGCUUGCUGUCAGUGUCUUUGUAUCUCUCUAUUAGUCUGAAAAUAAGCUUGUUUGUGUUUUGCACUGGUAAAUUAAACAUAUCUGCUAAUGCUUUGAAUAAACUGUAUAAAACAUA